GAGUUCUGCUACUGUCUAGUGUAUUCUACUACUGUCUAGUGAGUUCUACUACUCUCUAGAGUAUUCUACUACAGCCUAGGGAGUUCUACUACUGCCUGCGGUGUUAUACUACUGUCUAGUGUAUUCUACUUCUAUCUAGUGAGUUCUAACACUGUCUAGAGAGUUCUAAUGAUGCCUAAUGAAUCGUACUACUAUCGACUAAAGUCUUGUUUCUAUUACAUUGUCUUGCUGUCUAAUGUAUUGUGUUAGUGUAACAAUGAACAAGACUGGUGUUAAUUAUUACUACAAGUAGAGUAGGGCGCCUAUAAUUAAUGCGCUCACCGAAAACAACUUUUAGAAAUUCUACUUACUUUUUUGUCUGUGGAUAAUCCAUUCAAACCGUCUGUUUUAUUCAUUCUGUUUUGAGGCAUAAUAAGAUUGGUAAUGGGAAUCCUCAUAGACAGCACCACAGCUGAGUUCCUCAUUGCCUCUCUGUUGAUCUUCUGGCUCACUUACUUGUACUUCGUAAAAGACUACGGCUACUGGGAGGAUAGAAAUGUGCCCCACGUUCCACCGGAGUUUCCAUUCGGUUCCAUCAAGAGGCACAUCCUGGGAUGCAGUUAUCUGGGAGAUUCUUUUGACGGGAUAUACAAACACUUCAAGGACGAACGGUUUGUCGGUAUUUUCAUGAUCAGGAACCCAGCCGUUCUCGUCAGAGACCCAGAACUGGUAAGAAUGGUUCUGCAGAAAGAUUUUUACCACUUCACUGACCAUUACUCGUUCAAAACGAAUCCCAAGGAUUACUUGAUGAACCAUCUGUACGCGUUAAAGGGUCAGGAAUGGAAAGCCAUGAGAAUGAAACUUUCCCCCGCCUACACGGCUGUCAAGAUCAAGACGAUGUUCUUCUUGGUAAAGGAGUGCAGUUACAUUCUGCGAGAAGUCGUCGGGAAACUGAUAGAUCAAAGCAAUGCUCUGGAUGUGAAAGAUGUGUUGUCUCGCUUCACAACAGACGUUAUUGCAUCGUGUGCUUUUGGAAUCGAAAGUAAUUCUCUUUCAAACAAGGAAUCAAAAUUUUACCAGCUCGGGUUGAAAAGUAUGAAUCGGGACUUUUUAAUGCUUCUUAAACUGUUUCUGUACAUUUCGUUUCCGGUAUUUGAAAAGUAUCACUGCUUCAACUUUAUGGAUCGAUCUAUAGUCGAGUUUUUCACUGCAGCUGUACGAUCUACUGUUGAGUACAGAGAGAAGAACAACGUAUCCAGGUUAGACUUUCUGGACCUGCUGAUCAAACUGAGGCAGAACCAGAGCAUCCUGGAGGAGGGGGAAAGACUUCCAGACUUCUCAGGCAGCUCUCGUUCAGAGAUAAAAGAAGGUUUGACCAUCGAAGAAAUAACAGCGGAGACGUAUCUAUUCUUCACAGCCGGCUUCGAGACCACAUCUAACACUACCAUGUUCUGUCUGUACGAGCUGGCUUGUAACGGCAGGAUACAGGAUCAACUCUACUGGGAGGUGGAAGAUGUCCUGGACAGACAUGAGGGUAACAUCUCCUACCAGGCUCUGCAGGAGAUGACUUACUUGGACCAGGUCAUCAAUGAGACGUUACGCCGCUACCCACCGUUCCCUUACUUGUCCCGUUGUUGCUCCAAGGAUUAUGUGGUUCCCGAUUCGACUCUUACUAUUAAGAAAGGUCAAGAAGUUAUCAUUCCCAUGUAUUCCUUUCAUCAUGACUCCAAAUAUUUCCCAGAUCCGUACAGCUUCGACCCUGAGAGAUUCAGUCCAAAGAAACACAAGACUUGGCACCCUUACGCCUACCUUCCUUUUGGAGAAGGACCUCGCAUGUGUAUUGGUCAGAAGUUCGGCCUGAUGAAUGUGAAGACAGCUCUGGCCACCCUGGUCGCAGACUACCAGAUCAGCCUUACACCAGAAACAGAAGUUCCCCUUAAAUUGAAGAAUGAUUCUUUCACCACUGUGCCCUCAACACCACUUUUGCUUAUAUUCACCCGGCGGAAAGAAAAUGUAAAUGCUACAUAGAUAUACUAUCAGGAACCCAACCGUUCUGGUCAGAGACCCAGAACUGGUAAGAAUGGUUCUGCAGAAAGGUUUUUAAUAUUGAUUUUAAGCAAAUCUUUGUACAAUAAAAAAGAAUUAUACAUUUUUAUUAAAAUAAA